AUGUCGCAGGUGAUGUCCAGCUCCCUGCUGGCAGGAGGCCACACUGUCCAUUUGGCUCCCUGUGAGGAAGCCAGGAGGGCUCUGCACCCAGCCCCCAGCCCCAACCUGCCGCCGCAGUGUCCUUACUAUACCACACAAGGCUGGGGGGCCCAGACUCUGAUGGCCCCCACGCCCUGCAAGGAGCCCCACCACAGGCUCCAGCAGGCCCCGCAGGCGGGAGCCAAAGCCAGCUGCCUCCUGCCGUCCCCGGGCAAGCAGGCCGCGGCAGCCCUGGACGACCUGGACUCCUACAUAGACCUCUCCCUGGAGAGCCUCAACCAGAUGAUUCUGGAACUGGACCCCACCUUCCAGCUCCUCCCCUGGGCUGAGCCCACCCAGAGCGCUUCCCCAAGGAGAAAGAAAGAGGAGCCCGAAACCCAAGACAUAAAGUACAUCGAGGUGACGUCCACCAGAUCGACGUGCCACGAUGGCCACCAGCGCUGCUCCAGCCCAUCUGUCAGCCCGCCUUUCGGCUCCCCGCGCAGUGGCGGCCUCCUCCUUUCCAGAGAUGUCCCCCGAGAGACUCGGAGCAGCAGCGAAAGCCUCAUCUUCUCUGGGAACCAGGGCAGGGGGCACCAGCGUCCUCCACCCCCAGCUGGGGCUCCGUCCUCUCACCCCCCGCCCUCCCCUAGCAUCGCCAUCCCCUGCCUGAGGAGCAAGGCCUCGGGCCCCCAAGGCUUGGGAUCCCCGCUGAAGGCUUCUCCAGGCUUGGAGAAGGGACUCGGGGGCCUCGGCCCACAGCAAGGCAGCAGGGUCUCCGUGCUGUCGGCCAGCCCAGCAUCUGAUGUCAGCUACGUGUUUGGAAGCAGCCAGUCACUCCUCCGCUCCAGCCUCUCCAGCCAGCGGUCAUGCUCUAGGUCCUUGGAAAGCCCAGCCAGCUCUUCCUCCAGCCUCCACAGCCUCGGCCCAGCGUCUCUGUGUACGAGAGCCAGUGACAUCCAGGUCCCCAGCAAUUCUACCCCAAGCACGGGCCAGCCCAGAGCAACCUGUUCCCCACCGUUGGCCAAGGAACAUGCCAACAGCUGCCCCCCAUCCAUCGCCAACUCCAUGGUGGACAUACCCAUCGUGCUGAUCAACGGCUGCCCAGAACCAGGGUCUCCCCCACCCCAGGGGACCCCAGGACACCAGGACUCUGUCCGAUCUGGGGCUACUUCUGCCAGCCACCCUUGUCCAGCCAGCAGGAGCCACAGCCAGACCCCACCGGAUGCAUCUCCCACCACAUCCCCAGAAGGUCCUACCAGGGACAUGCAGCCCACCAUGAAGUUUGUGAUGGACACCUCUAAAUACUGGUUUAAGCCAAGCAUCACCCGAGAGCAAGCAAUCGAGCUGCUGAGGAAGGAGGAGCCGGGGACAUUCGUCGUGAGGGACAGUUCUUCAUACCGAGGCUCAUUCGGCCUCGCUCUGAAGGUGCAGGAGGCCCCCACAUCUGCCCAGAACCGAUCAGGCGAUGACAGCAGUGACUUUAUCCGCCACUUCCUCAUUGAGUCUACCGCCAAAGGGGUGCAUCUUAAAGGAGCAGACGAGGAGCCCUACUUUGGGAGCCUCUCUGCCUUUGUGUGCCAGCAUUCCAUCAUGGCGCUGGCCCUGCCCUGCAAACUUACCAUCCCGCAGAAAGAACUGGGAGGUGGAGACGGAGCCUCAGACCCCUCUGCAGACAGCCGGGCGUCCUGCCUGAAGAAAUCUGCGGGCUGCCAUGCCCUGUACCUGAGCUCUGUGAGCGUGGAGACUCUGACCGGAGCCCUGGCCAUACGGAAGGCAAUCUCGGCGACCCUGGAGAGGGACGUCCUCCCCACACCCACCAUGGUCCACUUCAAAGUCACCGAGCAGGGCAUCACCUUGACGGACCUCCAGAGGAAGCUGUUUUUCCGGCGCCAUUACCCGCUCGCCACCCUCCGCUUCUGUGGCAUGGACCCUGAGCAACAAAAGUGGCAGAAGUACUGCAAGCCCUCCCGGAUCUUUGGGUUCGUGGCCAAGAGCCAGACCGAAUCACAGGAGAACGUGUGCCACCUCUUCGCAGAGCAUGACACGGUCCAGCCCACCUCACAGGUCAUCGGCCUGGUGAGGGCUCUGCUGCAGGACUCGGAAAGGGCGUAGAGGGGAGCCCCCCGCACGUGUCCCCGAAAUCCGAAGGGACUUGCUCAGAAUCCCCUCCACCCUUUGAACAAGCUGCUGUAGCCGACGGACCAAUGCACUGAACUGAAGGAGAC